UUCAAAUAGACAUUAUAAAGAAGAUCUGACGUGUUUCGUGAUUUAAUUUUACAUCCUUCAAUUCCAAUGUCUUCGAUUGCGUUUCUUCAUCCGGACCUUGGAAUUGGUGGGGCCGAAAGAUUGAUUGUUGAUCUGGCUUUGGCUCUAAAAGAUUGUGGCCAUUCAGUAAUCAUAUUCACUUCUCAUCAUAAUCGAGAUCAUUGUUUUGAAGAAACCAAUAAUGGUCAGAUACCUGUGAUCACUGCUGGUGAUUGGAUACCACGAUCUACAUUCGGAUCGUUUAUGGCUUUUUGGGCAUAUAUACGCAUGAUUUACUUGACCAUCUAUUUAAUUCUAAAUUAUCGUUUUGAUUUGAUCAUCUGUGAUCAGGUUCCAAGUGGUGUUCCAAUAUUGAAAGCUUUCAAACAUAAAUGCCUUUUUUAUUGCCAUUUUCCUGAUCAACUUUUAUCUAAACAUGAUUCUUUUUUAAAGAAAAUUUAUCGUUUUCCUAUUGAUUUUUUCGAAGAAUGGGCCAUUGGUUAUUCGGACAUGAUUUUGGUCAAUUCUUAUUUCACCGAUGAAGUAUUUCAUAGAACAUUCAAAUCAUUAUCCAACAUAUCAACAAAAGUUCUUUAUCCCAGUGUUAAUUUCAACAAAUCGAUUCCAGAAAAAAUACCUAGUACUUUGAAUACUAAACUGAAAAAUAUGGAUGCAGUUUUUCUUUCGAUCAAUCGUUAUGAAAAAAAGAAAAACAUUGAACUUGCAAUUGAAGCAUUGAAAGCUCUUUAUGAUAAAUUUAAUUACGUAGAAGAAAAAGAUCGAUCUUUAAUACAUUUAAUUAUUGCCGGUGGAUAUGAUCUCCAAAAUAUAGAAAAUCUUGAAUAUGCUGAAGAAUUAAAUCAAUUAGCAAAAAGAUUACGAAUUAAACCUCAUGUUACAUUCAUGAAAAAUCUGACCAAUGAACAAAAGCAAUUUCUUUUUCAAAGAUGUACAGCUGUUAUUUAUACGCCUGAAAACGAACAUUUCGGUAUUGUACCAUUAGAAGCAAUGUAUAUGAGUCGUCCAGUAAUUGCAGCUAACAGUGGUGGACCACGUGAAACAAUCAUUAAUAAUGAGACCGGAUUCUUAUGUCAACCUAAUUCGCCCGAAUCAUUUGCCGAAGCAAUGCAUCGAUUUAUUGAAAAUAAAACUCUUUCCAAUCAGAUGGGUGCAAAAGGUCAUGAUCAUGUGAUUGAAAAAUUCAAUCAUCAAAAAUUUAAAAAUGAACUGAACAAAAUCGUAACUAAUUUAAUAUUAAUAAAUCAACAUGAAUAAAUUUUUCUUUAUUUUCUACUUAUUCAAA